AUUAGUAAGUUAGAGGCGUUGAAGGAACGCGAACACGAACGCGGUUGAUACUCUUUUCAUUUGACGUACAAAUUACACAACAAAAAAACAGAGAGAUUUGCUUUUUGCAAAUCAAUCUCUCGGAAUUGUAGGUUUCUGUUUCUCUUCUUCGCCAUUUUUACGGAGCACACCACAACCUCUCUUCUUCUUCCUACGUAAUCUCUCUCUUGAUCUCUCUUAUCUUUCUUCUUCUUCUUCUUUGAUUUUUCCUCUACUUUUCUGUGUUAUUGUUUCCAUCGGAGUCUUUCGUUUUCUGGAUUUGUUGCUUGGUUUAGAGCUCUUCGAAACUUGAAGAAAAAUGGGAGGUGGGAAGGAAAAUGAAGACAAAGACAAAGGGCUUUUCUCAAAUAUGGCGGCGUUUGCUGCAGGGCACCACUAUCCUCAUCAUCAUGGAUAUCCACCACCACCAUACGGUGGAGCUGCAUAUCCCCCUCCGGGUGGGUACCCGCCGCCUGGCUAUCCCCCGACCGGCUAUCCUCCUUACGGUGGACAUCCUCAUACAGCCUAUCCUCCUCCGGGUGGAUAUCCCCCUGCUGGCUAUCCUGGCCCCCAUCAUUACCCUGGCUAUGGACACGGAUACGGGCACGGGCACGGUGUGGGUGGAUUGUUGGCUGGUGGAGCAGCUGCUGCAGCAGCUGCUUAUGGCGCUCACCAUCUUGCUCAUGCACGUCCAUUUGGGUUCGGCCAUGGAAAAUUCAAACAUGGGAAGUUCAAACAUGGAAAAUUUGGUAAGCGUUGGAAGCAUGGAGGCAUGAGAUUCAAGAAAUGGAAGUGAUGAAGUUGCUCCAACUUUUAUAUCUGAUGUAUAUCGGUUACUAUGAGUUUUGAGUCCAAAACCUAGAAAAAAAUAAAUAUGGCAUUUUAAUGUUUUUUUUCUUCCUUUAUUUGAAUGGUAUUGUAAUGCUUUGUGUUUUUAUUGCCUUGACUUUUCUAUGUAAAGAAUGAAACCGACCUUUUUUUUUUCUUCUUAA